UUAAAAUGGGCUCAAUUCCUUCCCUCGAUUUUGUCCCGAGUGAUUACAAGAUAAAAUACCGAACUCCUGAUUCCUUUGACUCUGAAGAUGGCACGGAUACUCCCAAGAGUAUACAUAAGAACCAGUCUACCCUGAUUGGCAAGAAAGCACUCAAGGUUAACUUGUCUUAAGAACCCAUAAAGGGAGGACUGAAUCAAUAAAAUUAACUAAGCAAGAUUUAACUGUAGGUUGGUUAAUAAAACGUUGAAAAGAACUCUAUGAUACCUUAUACGAAGAGGGAAAGCUAGGAGAUCAGCCCAGGGGAGAAAUUGUUGGGUUAAAAACUGUUGAUUGAUUACCUUCGAUGGAUUAUUAUCUGACAUUUCCGAAUAACUCAUUGAACUCGAUUAAGGAAACUACAACUUUGACAGUCCAUUUCUUAAAACAUUAUGAGAACGAGUCACCGAUUAUAAAGGAGAAGGUGAACAAGAAUAGCUUCGAAUACUUAAAAGUAAUAGGUAGUGGAGGCUAUUCCAAUGUAGUAUUGGCUAGGAAGAAAGAUACUGGCAAACUUUUUGCGAUAAAAAUCAUCAAGAAAGACACCACAUUUAUUAAAACAAACAAGAGAGUCUAUCAAGCAGAGGUCGACAUCAUGAAGAGACUUACUGACUUGCCUUUUAUAGUGAGUCUACAUUAUACUUUUCAGACUGAGAACGAACUCUAUUUUGCAAUGGACCCUUGAAUUGGCGGAACAUUGUUUCAUUUUAUGACCCAUUUCCCAAAGAAGGAUUUGAAUGUCAACAUUGCUAAAUUUUAUGUAGCAGAGAUUGUCGUUGCAUUGGACUAUAUUCAUUCAAAGAAUAUCAUGUAUCGUGACCUUAAACCAGAGAAUAUACUGAUUGAUAUUGACGGUCACUUAAAAGUAUCUGACUUUGGUUUAUCUAAGCAAACUAGAAAUAAAGAUGAGACAAGUUCUACUUUCUGAGGAUCUCCAGAGUAUCUACCACCUGAGAUGAUACUUGGCUAUGACCACUCUAGAACGGUUGAUUUUUACACAUUAGGGUGCCUACUUUAUGAAAUGCUUGUUGGGUUUCCACCAUUUCAUUCCAGAGAUCCCAAGAAAUUAGAAAAGAGAAUCGUUAGUGGCUCAGUAUGUUUCCCACCUGAGUUAGAUGAAGUUUCUGCAGACCUGAUCGAGUGGCUCCUCUCUAGGUAUCCCCUCGACAGGCCUAAAGAUUGCUCUGAAAUAAUGGAUCAUGCCUUCUUUGAUGGAAUUGAUUGGGAUAAGAUCGCUAGCAAGCAAGCGAUUCCUCCAUGGGUGCCUGAUCUAUACACUUGCCAUGUUCCGAAAAGUUUUCUGAAGAUGCCUAUCAACCAAGUUUUUAUGAAAAAUACUCCUCACAAGGAACAAAAUAGAACAAGCUAUAAUCAACGGAGACAUGUAAAGGAGAAGUUUAGGAACAGUCUAUACGUCUACGAUCAGCGAUCUAACCGUGAUGUCAAAAGGCUUGCACAAGAAAUGGGCCAAACAAUUGAGGAAAUGCUUGAACUAGAAGGAUUCGAGUACAAUUGUGAUUACCCUGACGAUGAUGAUCCCAAAGAAAUGGAGAAAAUCAUGAAACAUUCUGUAGAGAUAAGGGGAAAUAGGCGCAAAAGUGCCAGGACUAAAUGAUCCGACACUUAUGGAAUGACAGAUAUGCUAGUUGAAAGUGACUGAGACCUUAGCGAUAAUUCAGAAGAUGGAGGAAUACAACCCAUGGGUUCUUAUACAAUGAAGAAAAAUACCUUAUCAAAGCACAAAAGCGAAGCUUCAAAAGAUCCUACAAAUUUAUACUUCAAGAACCAAGAAGAUGAAGAUGCUAAAGAUGCUGAACCAAAAGAAUCAGACGAAGAAGAAGAAAGAGAAGACCUCGUUACAAAGCUAGAAAAUAGUCGAAAGAGGGCUACCAAGAAGAAGAGAUACAUGGGCGCCAAAUCCUGAGAAGUAGGCAAGCAGUAGUAACUAGUUUUCUAAUCUUACCUAAAAUUCCUUUAGCAGCUUCACUUAAAAAGCC